GUAAUUUGUAUCUUUUCCAAACACUCGGCCGUUUAGACUUUGAGCAGCAAGAAACAUGAAGAGCUCCUUCACGUUCACCAUCUUCUUCUUUGUUCUUCUCCUUACCUCUUGUGAGGUGAUGAGCGCGAGGAUGCAAGAGAGCACAAACAAUAUAUUGACUAUGCCAUGCAAUACCAAUGAAGACUGUGCUAAGUCUUGCAGAGGUCCAUUCCACAACUGCCAAAAUCAUAGUUGUCAAUGCGUAGAAGGAAAUCCUAAUUGUUGCUAGAUAACACCCUCCUCCACACAUUGUCUCUAGAAGAAAAUGCUUAUGCUUCUGAUUCAAUAUAUUUUGCAUUGGAUUAAUUCCACCAAAUAAUAAAAUU